AUGGCUUCGGAUCACCAAGUUCAGACCAGCGAAGUCCCGCUCCAAGAUGUGGACAAGGACUCUCGCCGGCCUGAGAAGGAAGCCAUCCCCAAUGACCAGUCUGACAAGGAGCUAGACGGCAUCACGGAAAGUGGCUCUGAUGAUCCCGAGCCCGAGUAUGCAACCGGCCUUGGCCUGGUCUGCAUCGUCGCCGGUCUCGCGCUGGCGGUUUUCUGCCUGUCUCUGGACCGUACGAUCCUCGCAACAGCAAUCCCCACCAUCACGACCGAGUUCAAGUCUCUCGGUGACGUGGCCUGGUACGGAACCUCGUUCCCCUUGGCCACGUGCUGCUUCCAGCUCAUGUUCGGCAAGCUCUUCGCCGAGCUCAGAGUUACCUGGGUGUUCCUCGCCGCGCUCGGCAUCUUCGAGGUCGGAUCGAUAGUCUGCGGCGCUGCCCCAAACUCCCUGGCCCUCAUCAUCGGCAGAGCAAUCUCGGGUAUCGGUUGCGCGGGGAUGCUAUCUGGUGUCUCCAUCAUCAUUGCCCUUAGCUUUCCGGUCCAGAAGCGUCCCAUCUACACGGGCAUGAUCGGUGGCAUGGCUGGUAUUGCUGAGAUCAUCGGUCCGACGAUUGGAGUCACAGCCGUCAUGGUCAUUCUGUUCGUCAAACCUCCCAAGAAGACGGGCGAAACCAAGGCCAUCGGCCCUCUCCUCAAGAGCAUGGACCCCCUCGGAAACGCUCUGCUGAUGCCCCUCAUGGUCUGCUUCUUGCUGGCCCUACAGUGGGGAGGAACCGUGUACGCCUGGAGCAACUGGCGCAUAAUUCUCUGCCUGUGCCUCUUCGGCGUCCUGUUAAUCGUGUGGCUCUACGUGCAGUAUCGUCGCGGCGACGAAGCCACCCUGCCGGUCCGGCUGAUGCGCCAGAGAUCCGUCGCCAGCGGGACCCUCUUCAUGCUGGGAACGAACGGCACGGUGUUCGUCAUCGUGUACUACGUCUCCUUCUGGUUCCAGGCGGUCAAGGACGUAACGGCACAGCAAUCCGGCAUCAACUUCCUUGCUUCGUCCCUCUCCGUGUCGGUCUCCGCAAUCGCCUCGGGAUUUUUGGUGUCCAAGAUCGAAUAUUGGGUGCCUCAGAUGGUUUCCAGUACGGUCCUUCUGUCGGUUGCUUGCGGACUGAUCUACAGAUACAACCUAGAGACGUCGACGGCAUACUGGGCCGGCACGCUCGUGAUAUUUGGCCUCGGCGUCGGGCAGGGCAUGCAGAUGCCGCUAUCUGCCACUUCGGCCGGCAUCAUUAUGCUCGCAGUCGCGCAAAAUUUGUUCCAAAGCACGCUGCUGAAGGAACUCACGAACAAGGUGCAGCAGGUUGACGCCAAGGUCAUCAUAGACCACGGUGCCUACGGGCUCAAGAGCAUGGUCACGGAGAAGUACGGCGCGGAGGCCGCGACCGCAGUGCUCAAGGCGUACAACGAGGCGCUCCGGUCGACCUUCCUUUUGUCCAUUGUUCUGGCUUGUCUGACGUUCCUUGCCUGUCUGGGUACGGAAUGGAGAAGCGUCAAGGAGCAGACCAAGAAGACUGAGGAAGUCGAGGAGGCCAAGUAG